CGGUUGUAAUCUGGAACAAUAGAAAGUUAUUAAAAGUAAAAAUAAAAAGAAUACUUUAAAAAUCAAAUUAUUUGAGCAGUUAGCAGUUUCAACAUGAAAUGUUUAAAAAAAAUUAAUUGAAUGUGAUUUCACUGAAUCUAACCUGCCUGCCAGACUUAUGUUGUUUUGAUAAGGAAAGAGAAUUUAUUUAAUAUCGAGAAUUUAAAAAAAUCAUUUUAUUUCGUUGUUUAUUGCCCUGAAAUAAACUUGCAGCUUGUAUUAUGAUACAGGCAGUAUCAAACAACAAUUUCAUCGUUUUGUAUCAUUUCCUGAUUAAAUCCCCGUCAACUUGCGUCACAGACCACUAAUCAGUGUAACGAUUGCCGGUGAAAAUGAAAAGUCGUAGGUGUAGUUUGUUCUUCUUUCCUUCUAUCGUCCAUAUGCGCAAAUGAAUUUGCGUUUUGGCCGAGUGAUCUUAGCAUCUUGGCCAAUAGGACUAAAUUAGAAUAAGAGAGAUUUCGCGUCCUUAUCCUAUCCAAAAAAACUUUAGAAAAAUGGAUGUAGAAAAUCUAAAGCUGUACCUUAAAAACCGAGACUAUAAACAAGUCGGCGAAUGUUUGCGAGACGUUUUCGCAAUUAAGAGCGACGCAAAUGGUCAACGAAUCUCGGCGGAAUUCUCCAAACAGCUCGUGGACUUGCUUGUCGAAGCGCUUACGGUAGCUUCCAAGGAAAGUGCCGAUUUACUAGACGAAAGCUCCAAGGCUCUGCGGAAUUAUGCGCUUAAUUCGGACACCCGUGGAUAUUUAGGCAACGAGGGGUUUCUCAAACUGGUAGUAUCGAUCGUCGAGAGCGACAGCUCGAAGCCAAACUCGCCGUUUCGAAAAUAUUUGUUCCAACUGCUAUUAAAUAUUUUGACGUUAAACGAUGAAGUCGUGCGCAAAAUGUACGUCACAGUUUACGAAAGCAUUUGCAACUAUUUUUUGAAAGAUUCGAGUUGCUUGUACGAGACCUCGGCCUUGAUUUAUAACUUGACUAGGUAUGUUGAGUUAACGGACUUGAAAAUUAUUUCUAGGGUAAUAAGUCUGUAUGGUAAUAGAGAGGAGACAAAUGAAUUUCUAUUGUUUUUGAUGGAAAAAAUUAUCUGUGAAGAUUAUUUUUGGAAGAACUACAGUGCCAUCGAAAUGAAUGACAGGUUAACUGUUCUUAAGGUACUUAGAGAGCUGUUAGUUAAAGGGGACGUGGUAAUUAGUGACGCGUGUGUUCAGUGUCUCGUGAAAUUGUUUUUAAAUUCGACAAAUGUCAUAUUUCAAGUUACCAACAGUGAUAAAAUGACUUAUGAAACGUCAACUGCGGUCGAAGUGUUAUCGGCAUUAUCCAGCGAAAAAACGUAUUCUAAAUUAAUACGAGGGAACAAAGAUAUUUUGAUCACUGCUGGUGUCCUCCUAAUCAAUUUACACAAACUUGGGAAAAUAUCCAACAAUUGCCUCACCCCUAUCCAAAAGUUGAAAGAAGUUCAAAGACCCAACCACGAUAUAAGAGAGAAUCCGUUUUUUUGUUUCAAAGCCGACCUGAUUCGGUUAAUCGGAAAUGUCUGUUGGAGAGAUCGGAAGAUGCAAGAUUUAGCGCGCGAAGCCGAAGUGAUACCUGUCCUUUUAGAUUGUUGCAACAUUGACGCCAAUAAUCCGUUCAUAAUUCAAUGGGUGAUAUUGGCCGUAAGGAAUUUGUGUGACAAUAAUCCCGAAAAUCAGAAGUUUAUAGCGUCCCUACGCACAGAGGGGACCGUGAGCUCCGCACUCCUGGAGGAAUUCGGUUUAACCCUACAUUCCCAAGGCGACGAGACUAUAAGGAUCGUCCCAUUAAACCGGUGACAUCUUCAGUAUAAGUAAAAAUCUGAAAUUUUUGUAAAAUAAAUGUUAUCUUUCACCAAAAAAAUACAAACAUCUGACAAAUGAAUGAUUGCAGUACGCCAUAGCUUACUAGAACAUCUCAGACCACAGAAAACGGACCUGAUAUACUGUGUACACUCAAUAAUGUGAGGCCAAUGUAAUCUUAAAUUAACAGAAAAUCUGUGUUUUGGAUCAAUUAUCGCUUUCUUUAUUUGUUGAUUUUUGAGUCAAUUUUGAUCGCUCUUCGUUGUCAACUAAUGGAAUUUGCAUGCUCCUCAAUAUUCUAAUUCAUCUUCGAACAUUUUAAAUGAGUCUGAUGAAAAGAAUGACAAUUAAAAUUGAAACUUCAAAAACACAUUAACCUUCUGGUAGGUUCAUUAAAGCGGGAGAUUCACUCAAGAAAAAGUAAAUUACAAGUUUUGCAUCAAGUAACUUAAAGUUCGACCCCGCGUUUUAUACAUUUUUUACACAAAGCACACAUAUUUUCACUCAUCAAUAGUACGAGAGAAUGAGCAAAAUGUCGGUAAAAAUUAUUGAAAACUAUGAUGGACAGAAAGCACGUUCUUCAGUAAGUUCUAAUUGUGAACCAGCAUUAACAAUUAGCGUGCCAAUCGUCAGCAGAUCCGACAAUUAAAAAUGAGCAUAUUGUUUCAACAAUUCGAAAAAAAAAUCUUUUUCUACUCCCGUCUGUAAAAUAUCUAAUUACCUACCGAUCUAGCGUCCGGGAAGCCACUUCGGACAUUUCCGGAAUUUUACCGCACGGAUUUGGGAGCAAUCGAAUGUUUUCGGAGAUAUUUCCCACGCUUUGAAUUUUGACGUUUGUCAAUUCUGACGGUCAUGUCAGUGAAUGUAUUCGUGUUGUUUUGCUAAAAUGUACCCAAAAACUAACGGUACUUAGAAAAUGUAUAGUAUACAACACGUUCGGUAAACUUUUUAACUCACUCGUUUAUUAAAAACUUGCUCCGCUCGUGUCAAAUAAACACGUGAGUCAAAUGCCGUUUACCACACUUUUGGCAUAAUAUACUAUUAAACGUGUUAAUUUUAAUACUGUGUCAAUACAGGCCGAAGUAGAUGUAAGUUUUGAUGUAUCAAUUCGUGAAUUUUAUUUUUAAUUUAACUAUUUUGCUACAUUAACCGAUACAGCUAAAUCACAGAUGGCGCAAUUAAUGAAAUCAAAACAUCUAAUAUCACGGCGUACUUUUAAAGGUGCGCUCCUGUUACCACCGAGAAAGUCGAUGCAUUACGUAAGCUGCGUUGCGUGUGUGCUCAGCCUAACGAUUAGUUAGGCUUCCGGUAGUUAUCAGUACAACCUAAACGUUAUCAACAUUUUACUACACUUCGAGACAUAUUUAUUUGUAAGAUAGCGGACCAUUGUCGUUCGGUGGGUUUGUGUUUAUCCGCGCGCAUCGAUUAACCAGUGGACAUGUCUAACGUGACCAAGAAAACCACCGUGAAGAAGGUGGUCACCACCCAAAUCAC